CCAUUCCAAUCUGAUGGAUUAGAAAAACGGCUGAAAGAAUUCUCGCUGAAAAUGUGUAACGUCUUUUACGGAGGCCUCCGCCCUGUGUUAGGUUGGCAUUCGCGUUAAUUCAUUAUUCUUCAUUUAUCUUCCAUAUUCCUCGGAUCUUCAAUUCUUUCUGGUUUUCGAUCUCCAUUUCCAAUUUCGAUGCUCCAUUACCUUAUUCACCUGCCAUAGCUCGUAAUUGGGGGCUUCACGAGCUCUCGAUCGAGCUCUCCAACACCCUCACUCACCUUCUUUACCUUCGAUCUUUUUGCCCUUUUUUGAUAAAUUCUUAGAAUGUAAAGGUAAUUCACACCCAAUUUUGUUUCUCUGAUCAUCAUGAGGUGUUGUGGUUGAGUAAUUUUAGGGAGAUAUAGUGUUGAGGGAAAAAAAUGGACGUCGCUGCUCAGUUGAAACGAGGAAUUUCACGGCAGUUCUCGACAGGAUCGAUGAGGAAGAGUGGGAAAUUCAGCUUCACAAGGCAGUCCUCGUUAGAUCCAAGACGGAAUACGCUUCGUUUCAGUUUUGGGAGGCAAUCAUCGCUUGAUCCUAACCGUAGGAGCUCUGUUCCUGAUGGACUUACGUUGCCGGAGAACCUUGAUUCAACGAUGCAGUUGUUGUUCAUGGCUUCCAGAGGAGAUGUGAAAGGAGUGGAGGAAUUACUUAACGAGGGUGCUGAUGUGAAUAACAUUGAUUUGGAUGGUAGAACUGCUUUGCAUAUUGCUGCGUGUGAAGGUCAUGUAGAGGUUGUCAAGCUCUUGCUAAGUCGAAAGGCUAACAUUGAUGCUCGUGACCGGUGGGGGAGUACGGCUGCUGCUGAUGCAAAGUUCUAUGGAAAUAUAGAAAUUUUCAACAUUUUGAAGGCUCGAGGAGCCAAAGUUCCAAAAAUCAAGAAGACGCCAAUGGCUGUCUCGAAUCCUCGUGAAGUUCCAGAGUAUGAGCUUAAUCCCCUAGAACUUCAGCUUCGCAAGGGUGAUGGUAUUUCAAAGGGAACAUAUCAAAUUGCUAAAUGGAACGGGACAAGGGUAGCUGUAAAGAUACUUGACAAGGACUGUUAUUCAGACCCAGAUAGCAUAAAUGCUUUCAAAGAGGAGCUCACACUGUUGGAAAAGGUCCGGCAUCCUAAUGUUGUGCAGUUUGUUGGAGCUGUUACCCAAAAUAUACCAAUGAUGAUUGUAUCAGAGUACCAUCCAAAAGGGGACCUGGGAAGCUAUCUUCAAAAGAAAGGACGUCUUUCUCCCUCUAAAGCUCUAAGAUUUUCUCUUGAUAUUGCUAGGGGCAUGAACUGUCUUCAUGAAUGCAAGCCUGACCCAAUUAUUCAUUGUGAUUUAAAGCCAAAAAAUAUUUUGCUGGAUAGUGGAGGGCAGUUGAAGGUUGCAGGAUUUGGUCUGGUUAAAUUAUCUAAAUUUUCACCUGACAAAGCAAAACUAGCACAGCCAUGGGCUCAUGUUGACCCUUCAAGUCUUUAUGUGGCACCUGAGGUUUAUAAAGAUGAAAUAUUUGACAGAAGCGUUGAUGCCUUCUCUUUUGGUCUCAUCCUCUAUGAGAUGAUUGAAGGAGUGCAACCUUUCCACCCUAAUCACCCAGAAGAAGCGUCUAAAAUGAUCUGUUUGGAAGGAAAGAGGCCUCCAGUAAAGGUGAAAUCGAAAAGUUACCCUCCAGACCUCAAAGGGUUGAUUGAAGAAUGUUGGGACCCAGAACCAGUGGUGAGACCAACGUUUUCCGAGAUUAUUGUACGACUUGACAAAAUUGUUGCGAACUGUUCCAAGCACGGAUGGUGGAAAGAAACAUUUAAGCUUCCAUGGUAUGCCUCAUUACCAAGUAUAUUUUUAAGUUUUUAUUCCUAAUUAUGAAUAUAAAAA